UCCAGGUGUUGAUUCCCCCAAGAGCAAAGCCAGCUGCCUCCCUUAAAGGACAUGACCCAGUUCCACAACAGCCUCUUGGCUGGGGUCACAGCUUAGACCCCUGACGUGGCUGUGUCCACUUUGGGGAUGUGUGUGUGUGUGUGUGUGUGUGUGUGUGUGUGUGUGUGUGUGGUUAUUUCCUUGUGAUGCACAGGGCAGCUCUGCAAAGGUAAGGCCAGAUGGAGGGUACCACAGAAAACCGCAAAGGUUCUGGGAUCACCAGUGUGGGGUGGGCUUCCCAGAGCGUAGCCGUCCCUCUGUAACCUGAAGGGGUGGACCUGAAGCCUGGGCCUAGGCACUCACUUGCUCCUGUGUACUAUGACUGCUCAGCACUUGGCAGAUGGUGGGAGAAGGUUUGGGUAUGCCAGUCCCCACCCCAGAUCCCACACUAGGCCCAAAGGAAGCAGGAAGGGGUGCCAGGCAACAGGAGCUGAGUGGCUCAUUUAACAUCAGGAGUGUCUUGAAGGUCCUCUGACACCGAGAAUUCCAGAGAGGUGCUGCUGGGAUUCCAGAGAGGACAACUGUGGCUUUUAAAUGAAGAUUGAGCCACUCUGGUUCAGUCACAUUAGGGCAGAGCAGGGCAGGGAGCCCAGGUUGCUUUACCCCCUACCCUCCACCUAGGCUUUUCCCCCAGGAAGGACUUCAAUAUCUUGCUGUCAGAUCUUAGCUCCUGGGAGUCAGGUGGGAAGGCAGGCUGUCCCACUGCCUGUACUCAGAGGCCAAGCCAGUUGAUAGGCAGGAAAUCCUUAUGCUGCAGAAGCUGGAAUGUGAGAUUCACAGCCCAGCUCUGACAACCAAGGGGGCAGGAGGCAGGCUUCUUCCCACCUCCUGGGUGGGCUGCUCUCGGUCCACUCUGCUCCAGGGCCUUCUUCCCUAGACUUCCAAUUUGGAUUUCUUUCCAAGGGAGGAGCAGGAAUCUGCUCUGUGUAGAUCCUGCUAGGUCCAUGGGGAGAUGUAGAAAAAGAAACGAUGCCAGGCAGGGGUGGACCAGUUGGCCCUGACAGUUGAAUACAAGGCGUUCCUGUUGAUCUGAAGAAGGAGCCAUUGAGCAAGGCCUGCAGCCUGGCAGGAGGUGUCGAGGGCGAGGCCCCCAGCAGUGAGACUGGCACGUCCCUGGACAGCCCCUCGGCCUAUCACCAGGGCCCUCUAGUGCCCGGCUCCAGCCUGAGCCCAGAUCACUACGAGCACACAUCUGUGGGAGCCUAUGGGCUGUACUCGGGGCCGCCGGGGCAGCAGCAGCGCACGAGGAGGCCCAAGCUGCAGCAUUCGACCUCCAUCCUGCGGAAGCAGGCCGAAGAGGAGGCCAUCAAGCGCUCACGGUCACUCUCUGAGAGCUAUGAACUCUCCUCAGACUUGCAGGAUAAGCAGGUGGAGAUGCUAGAACGCAAGUAUGGGGGGCGCCUCGUGACCCGCCAUGCGGCCCGCACCAUCCAGACGGCGUUCCGCCAGUACCAGAUGAACAAGAACUUUGAGCGGCUGCGCAGCUCCAUGUCAGAGAACCGCAUGUCGCGCCGGAUCGUGCUGUCCAACAUGAGGAUGCAGUUCUCCUUCGAGGGGCCUGAGAAAGUGCACAGUUCCUACUUCGAGGGCAAGCAGGUCUCAGUGACCAACGAUGGCACCCAGCUGGCAGCCUUGGUGCCCCCUGAGUGUGGCGACCUUGGUGAGUCAUCUGCACUCAAGUCCCCAGCCCCUUCCAGUGACUUUGCAGAUGCCAUCACAGAGCUGGAGGACGCCUUCUCCCGGCAGGUGAAGUCCCUGGCCGAGUCCAUCGAUGAUGCCCUCAACUGCCGCAGCUUACACACUGAGGAGGCGCCCGUUCCUGAUGUGGCGCGGGCCCGGGACAGUGAGCCCAAGUCGGCCCUGCACAGCAUGGACCACCACAAACUGGAUGAGAUGACAGCCUCCUACAGUGAUGUGACCUUGUACAUCGAUGAGGAGGAACUGUCACCACCUCUGCCCAUGUCACAGGUCGGGGACCGGCCGUCUAGCACUGAAUCUGAGCUGCGGCUGCGGGCUGGGGGUGUGGCCCAGGAUUACUGGGCCCUGGCCCAUAAGGACGACAAGGCGGACACAGAUACAAGCUGCCGGAGCACGCCCUCAUUGGAGCGUCAGGAGCAGCGGCUGCGGGUAGAACACCUGCCUUUGCUCACCAUUGAGCCACCCAGUGACAGCUCUGUGGACCUCAGUGACCGCUCAGAACGCGGCUCGCUCAAGAGGCAGAGCGCCUAUGAACGCAGCCUCGCUGGACAGCAAGGCAGCCCCAAGCACGGCCCCCACGGUGGUCCUCCUAAAGUCCUCCCACGAGAGGAGCCUGAUCUGCGGCCCCGGCCCCCCAGACCCCUAGACAGCCACCUAGCCAUUAAUGGUUCUGCCAACCGGCAGAGCAAGUCCGAGUCAGACUACUCAGACGGGGACAAUGACAGCAUCAACAGCACAUCCAAUUCCAAUGACACCAUCAACUGCAGCUCCGAGUCCUCCUCUAGGGACAGCCUGCGGGAGCAGACCCUCAGCAAGCAGACAUACCACAAGGAGACCCGCAACAGCUGGGACUCGCCUGCCUUCAGUAACGAUGUCAUCCGCAAGAGGCACUACCGCAUCGGCCUGAACCUCUUUAACAAGAAGCCCGAGAAGGGAGUCCAGUACCUCAUCGAGCGUGGCUUCGUACCUGACACGCCAGUGGGAGUGGCCCAUUUCCUGCUGCAGCGCAAGGGCCUCAGCCGGCAGAUGAUCGGCGAGUUCCUGGGCAACCGGCAGAAGCAGUUCAACCGCGAUGUGCUUGACUGUGUGGUGGACGAAAUGGACUUCUCUGCCAUGGAGCUGGAUGAGGCCCUCCGCAAGUUCCAGGCGCACAUCCGUGUCCAGGGGGAGGCUCAGAAAGUGGAGCGGCUCAUUGAGGCCUUCAGCCAGCGGUACUGCAUUUGCAACCCUGGUGUGGUGAGGCAGUUCCGGAACCCAGACACCAUUUUCAUCUUGGCCUUCGCCAUCAUCCUGCUCAACACAGACAUGUACAGCCCCAACGUCAAGCCUGAGCGGAAGAUGAAGCUGGAGGACUUCGUCAAGAACCUCCGAGGCGUGGACGAUGGUGAGGACAUUCCCCGGGAGAUGCUGAUUGGGAUCUACGAACGGAUCCGCAAGCGGGAACUGAAGACCAAUGAGGACCAUGUGUCCCAGGUGCAGAAGGUGGAGAAGCUCAUUGUGGGGAAGAAGCCGAUUGGAUCCCUGCAUCAUGGGCUAGGUUGUGUGCUUUCUCUGCCCCACCGUCGACUGGUCUGCUACUGCCGGCUCUUCGAGGUCCCGGAUCCAAAUAAGCCGCAGAAACUUGGGCUGCACCAACGAGAGAUCUUCCUGUUUAAUGACCUCUUGGUGGUCACCAAGAUCUUCCAGAAGAAGAAGAACUCGGUGACAUACAGCUUCCGGCAGUCCUUCUCCCUGUAUGGCAUGCAGGUCCUGCUCUUCGAAAACCAGUACUACCCCAAUGGCAUCCGGCUCACAUCGGCUGUCCCUGGAGCUGACAUCAAAGUGUUGAUAAACUUCAACGCUCCCAAUCCUCAAGACAGGAAGAAAUUCACCGAUGACCUUCGGGAGUCCAUUGCAGAAGUGCAGGAGAUGGAGAAGCACAGGAUAGAGUCGGAGCUUGAGAAGCAGAAGGGCGUCGUACGGCCCAGCAUGUCCCAGUGCUCCAGCCUCAAAAAGGAGUCCGGCAACGGGACACUGAGCCGGGCCUGCUUGGACGACAGCUACGCAAGCGGGGAAGGCCUCAAACGCAGUGCUCUCAGCAGCUCUCUAAGGGACCUCUCCGAAGCGGGGCUCCAUCAUUAGCAGUCCUCACAUGCGCCGGAGAGCUACAUCAACACGAGAGUGUCCAUCUCGCCCACACCAGCCUAUGCCUCAUUCAUCCUCCCUCCUGGGCUCCUUAUUUGGGAGUAAGAGAGGGAAGCCCCCUCCCCAGGCCCACCCACCUUCAGCCCCACCCCCGCCACCCCCCCACCCGCCAAUCCUGCCCCACCCUCCGCACUCCUCUGCUGGCCAUCACCCAGGGCCCACAGAGGGCCCGCCUCAGGCCCAGGUGCAUGGGCAUCAUACCCAAUACUGCCACAUGCAGCAGAAUCCACCUCCCUACCACCACCACCACCACUACCACCCUCCCCAGCACAUCCAACACACCCACCAGUACCAUCAUGGCCCCCAUGGCGGAUAUCCACCCUAUGGGGCUCAUGCUCAUGGCCACCCACCGCUGCCCUCAGCCCAUGUGGGGCACACUGGCCACCACCACGGGCAGCCCCCUGCCCCACCACCCCCCACCAGCAGCAAGGCCAAACCCAGCGGCAUCAGCACAAUUGUGUAGAUAGCCUGGGCAGGGGACCCAGACUCCCCCAAAUAGCCGCACACUGUACAGGGGCAUGUCUGGAGGCUGCAAGCCUCAAACACAGGGCGCUUUUGUUUCCAUCUCUUCCCUCUGCCCCUGCCAGCUAGAAUGGGACCCUGGGGUCCCCCGGGGCUCUUGUUUCAUGGAAUAGAAGUCCUGACUUAAUUUAGCAUUGGCACCCUGGGGUCCGUUCACCUCAGUGUGAGGGUACACCUCAGACACAGCCAUCAGCCUUGAAACAGUGCCACCAGCCAAAUAGGUGUUGACCUGGCUCCCAGCCCACCCAGCUCAGCUCUCUGCCCUGCCCUCCCCCCAAUUGUACACAUAUAUGAAAACCCAACCUAGGAAAAGAAGAAAUGAGAGAAAAAAAAAAAGAGACAAAAAACAAAAUCCCCAAAACUUGCUGCAUUGAUGCUCUUUUAUUGACAAUGGGCAAAAAAUUAAGUAGACCUGAUAUGGUUGAUGAGACUACGUAAGUAAACUUUAUAUAAUAUAAAUAUAUAAAUACAUAUAAAUAUAUAUAAAUAUAUAAAUAUAUAUAUAUAUACACACUGUAUAGGUAGUGUUUGUGUGUGAAAGGCAAGCGUUUCAGUCCACAAAGUUAGCAAUAGAGACCUCACCAGGAACUCCACUUACCUGAUAGAAAGACAGUACCUUAGGUGAAUGUGUGAGAGUAGACCAAAAACUUAAAUGCUAGGAACAAAUUCAGAUACUUCCAUAUUUUCAUACAGAGAAGAGAAGUCCCUCUAGGACUGGCUGAAAUCUUUACACGAUCAUUAUUACUAACUGUGCCAAGUAACAUAGCAUCUAACUGUUUAAAAAGUCUGAUAUUGCUUUGUAUAAAUCCUUAUUUUAUUAACAGAAUACUAUCAUAAGUAGUCAGUAUUAUAACUGCUCUGUUAUUUCAGGUAAGCAAGUAGAUAAAAUACAGUAAACUCUACAGUAGCAACUCAGGACAACUAGUUAAGAGCCGGUUGUCUUAGGAUAUUGGUUCCGCAGACUCUUAGACACUUUAAUGGCUGCAAUAACUGUGAAUUUCCAUGAUCCAUAUUUCCUUUAUAUACAUAUGAUUUAAUGCACACUCAUUCAGAGUCCUCUGAGAGGGGCACCCAUACACAGCAGAAGGAUUCAUCUCCCACAUGAAAGUGACCAACCCUCAUCCUCGUCCCCUCCAGCACCAUAACUUACUCAUGCCACCUCCAAGCACAGCAGGCACAAGCCCCGGAGAGUGCUUCCACCAGGAACCACUCUGGAACCUGAAGGCUGAUGCUAGUGUGUAGCAGCCCAGGGUGGUGUGUGUGUUCCCCGUGUUGUUUUCUGAGUGGUAGCCGUGAUCAUUGUAAUUCCAUGUAGCCAUGUGCUAGCAGAACCCUCGUUGUCAUCACCGUGGCCACCCACGUGACCCCGGCCGCCAAGAGCCCGGCCCUUGCCAGGCGAAGCCCCCGCUGCCUGCUCAUGGUCCGGUGAGCUGCCAGGGCAUCACAUGACUCUCAGCUGUGCUCUUGUCGCUUCUGUGUUGUGGUGACACCGUGCGCUCCCCCGGGGCCAGAUGCUGCACAUGUCCGGGUCUGUGCCUGAGUCACCCAUGGGCCGUGCUUUAUAGUUUCAGCCUUUUGAGCCUCUGCAGCCACCAGUGCUGUGCUCCUAAGCGUGGGACCUGAGGACUGCCCCACGGCCCCUGCACGGGCAGAGAGCCCUUUCAGAAAGGGUGAAGCUACCGCCUGAUCCCGUGGGGUCCCAGGGCUCCGAGUUCAGUGGACAGCAAGAAGGGAGAAAGGAGAGCCUGUCCUGGUUGUGUCACCUUGGCUGGCCCACUGGGGUCUUCAGUGAGCCCCCUCAUCGCAUCCCAACAACCCCCCACCAUCACAUCCUUGCCAUCACUGGACCAGCAAAAUCUGCAACCUGAGCACUUCAUCCAUCUCUACAGAAAGCGAGUGUGGCGACUUGGAGUUCUGCCUCUUCAACAACAAGUGUGACUUAAACUUGCCCUCUUUGUCCUCCCGUCUGUGUGAUGUUUCUUUUCUUGGCAUCUGUUCAGAAACAGGAAGGACAAGCACUGCUGUGUGAGUCGAUCCAGGCGGGCUGGGUUCAUUGACUCCAUUCUCUGGUUCAGUUCUUAAAGGUCAGACUCCCCCGGCACUGUGUGUCUUGCGGUGUAAAGGGCGUUCUGGCAAGCAAGAGUUGAAUCAUGCUGCAUGCCAUCUGCACUGGUCACAUGAAGUGGCCCUCUGCGUAUUGUUGAUUUACAAAAGAUAACAGCAUCACUGCAGGCAGACUGCUGAAGGAGAGCAAUGCCCUACUUGAACAUGUCUGCUUUUCCUCGCCCUCUUCUGUGACAAGGGUCAAGUUUAACUGCAAACUCACGGUUGUUCCAGAAAAGACGGGCUGCUGGGUAACAUCCAUAAGGGCGUCACCAGGGAAAGCAAAACAAUACCAAGUACAACCUGUAAGUCCUCAGGAGGGACUCUCCAAGGGUGCCAUUCAGGACUCCCAGCCCUGACCCUGUCCUGCGUGCGUCGUUAGCCUGUGCUGGAGGCAUCAGGGUCCACCGAGUGACAGGGCUCUCUCCACACAUGGAGCUCUUGCCAGGUUUCUAACUUGAUGUGCUGGAGUCCAGUGCUUGACACUUCCUGGUUCCUGGGGGUUGCUUUACAGACUGAAUCAGGGCAAGUGUUUCCCGGGGUGGGGGAGCAUUGUCGAUUGCACGAGUCAGGAAUCACACUGCCCAGAUCUUGCUUGGGAAGCACAAGCUUCUAACAGGCUCGUGACCCCAUGCUGUGUUCAUGGGGCUGUGUCUGUAGAUGCCCACCUGUCACUGAGCCAUAGCUUCAGGGCCCGGGAGGGGAGGCAGAAGGAGGUGGGGUAUCCCAGGUGUCUUGUGUCAGCCUUCCUCACUGUCAGGACACCUGGGGAUCUCCCUCAGGUCACACAAGCUACCCCAGUUACCUGGAGAGCUGCUGACAGGAAUGGAGGCCCUUUGGGGAGGCAGCUGGUAAUAUCACACAAAUCUUCCUAGGACAACAAGGAAAUCAUGUAUUUGUAUUUUUUUAAGUGUAUGAAUGAAUUGUACUUUAAUGUCAAAUAAAGUUCAUCCUAAUAUGAUAUGCACACCGUGCUUGAAAAUGUCUUCAGUCAUCCAGUGGGGAGUGAUGUUUCCAUCAUACAUUGCAUGCAGCAGAGGCCUCUUACUUUUUCUUGAAAAUAAGCUGAAAAGAUGCCCCCUGAGUGUCACCUCGGCCUUCCGCAGGGGGCUAUGUCCACAUAGCUACGCAUGCAUCUUAAUGAUUUCCUAGUGAAAUGUCAUCGCCCUGCCUGCCUGGAAAAUGAGCGAUUCUGUGAGUAUGAUCAAUAACAGCAACAAGAAUCAAGGCAACAUGACAAAACUAAUCUGAGUGAGGUGGGAUGGUGACUUGGGGCAGGUGUAUGGGGUUGGGGGGAGGUGGGUUUUCUCUACCUGGACAUAGCAAGCACAGUUCUGUAACUUCUACCCGCUGUCCCACUGACCUUGUGCCAGUGUGUGUCUCCUUUUGGGAACUGCCAAUCACCUCCCAGGUGCUUUAGACAAUUAGAAUCGGAUAUGGAACAUGAUUGUCCAAAGACUCGGAGCCCUCACUCACCAGAAGCCCACAGCCACUGUGUAAGUGUGGGGAGGCAAGGAGGGCUUUUGUUUUUCUCUGCGUUCUGUUUGUGAGUAAUGAGACUCUACUGUUGUAAAACCAUGACUGUGAUCAUGUGGAGCAAUCAAAUAAACCCUUUGAAACUCUCA